GGUGUCUACCUGUGAAGGCGGGCGGCGCUGUGUUUUGUGCUGGGUGAGUGAGCGCCUGGAUUGUACGCGGAGGCGGAAAGGGGCCCGGGGAGAAAUGGGAGAGCGCGUCGGGUAAAGCGGAGGGGUGCCAGGGAAGGAGGAGAGCCUCGCGCAGGGCCGGGAGAGGGGACGCAAAGGUGGCGUUGCUGCCGUUGGUUGCAAAGCCCAAGCCGGCCUUGCCCGACCCGCCGCCCUCCAGACGUGUUGGACCAGCAAACUGCGGAGUGGGGUGCUUCUGGGAGUUGGGGAAAGCUGGCGCAAGCUCUCUGGGUCGUCUUUUCGGAGGAUGCGCACAUGAGUAUUUUGCAUGUACGCUUCCCUCCUAAAGGCCAGGAAGGGGAGACAUCAUAGAAAUUUACCUUUUCUUGCAUGAUGGUGUGGAAAAUGGGGAAAGGGCGACAUUCCUCUCUUAUCUCGCAUCGCUAGGGUCACCCCAAGAAGCCGAUUGGUGGAGAUUGAGAGCACACAAAAGGAAGUACUUCCACGUAAUGUAAUAAAAGGGAUGACACAAAGUCAUUGAGGAUAAGGCUAUCAGUUGCUGCUUUGCUUCCGGCAUCAGAGGUAGUAAGCAUCUCUGCUAGUUGGGUGCAAGGGAACAUGCAUUCAUGGAACAAGUUGUGUUCAUGUCCUGCUUAUGAGUUUCUCAUUGAGACAUCAGGCUAGUUACACUGUGAGCUGGGCUAGAUAGGCUUUUGCCGCUUCUUAUAUUAGUAAUUUUUGGAGGAAACUUCAGUUUUCCUUUUGGUGAUUAUGCACAUAUUUGUACAAUGGUAAUUCAUUUAAAAAACAAGCAGGGAAAUGCUCUUUAAAAAUACAUAUUUAGAAACUAGCACAAACACCUUUCAGUGUAAUAAGCAGAACUUUAAAACUGUGGAAACAAAAGCAGCAUCAGGACAACAAAAUAAUUGUUACAGUAGGGUAUGUGGUUGAGAGCAGGCACCAGAGUAGGUUGCCUGAAAUCAAACAGCGAAUUCAUGAAUUAUGAUUUAAUGCUACAAUCCUGUGUAUGUCUGGUCAAAAGAAUGUAUGAUUUAAUUCAGUGAGGUGUGCUUCUAGGUAUACAAGCUACAUCCAAAUUUGCUUAAUAUUUAUUUGAAUCUAAAUAUUUUCUUUAUAUUUUAAAAGAAGGAAAGAAAGAUAAUUCCUUUUCAACAGUAGCUGAAAUAUAGUGUGGUGAAGAAGAGGAAGAGGAAGAGGAAGAAUGGAAGAUAAAAGACAAAGAGCCAGAGUACAGGGUGGUUGGGCUGGCCCACCUAAUAAUAGAGCAGCUUUUUCUGCAGCUUCUGGGGUUUCCAGUACCCGGAACCAAGUUUUUGCAAGCCCUGCGCAGCCCAGGGUGAGAAGAGAGGAGCGGCUUUCAUCCAAAAGACAGUUUGUUUUUAAACCACCGGAAGAGGUGGUGCGCAGAGCUCCAGAGCCCAAAAUAAUAGAGAAACAAGGUGUCUAUGAGAUCAGCACGCUGCCAUCAGGAGUCUCUCAGAUUCAUUUGAUUCCAGCCUUCCUUGACUUAAAGGAGGCAGAUUGGAUGUUUGAACAGCUCCUCCAAGAGAUACCAUGGAGGCAGAGAGCUCACAUCAGACAGGACCUGACUUACGAUGAACCCAGACUCACAGCGUGGUAUGGUGAACUUCCAUACACUUAUUCCAGGCUUACGAUGCAGGCAAACCCUGAUUGGCACCCACUUCUGACCAUGCUGAAGGAUCGGAUUGAAGAUUUUACUAAAAACACUUUCAACUCUCUUCUCUGCAACCUGUAUCGGAAUGAAAAGGACAGUGUCGACUGGCACAGUGAUGAUGAGCCUGCCCUGGGAAGAAACCCUGUUAUUGCCUCACUAAGCUUCGGUGCCACCCGGGUGUUUGAAAUGAGAAAGAAGCCUUUGCCUGAAGAGAACAAUGAUUUUACUUAUGUGCAAAGAGUGCAUAUACCACUAGAUCAUGGAACUUUGCUAAUGAUGGAAGGAGCAACUCAAGAAGACUGGCAGCAUCGUGUACCGAAGGAAUAUCAUUCCAGGGAACCACGUGUAAAUCUGACAUUUAGGACAAUGUAUCCAGGCCCUGAGGCAAUGCACACAUGACUGAAAUAAUCUUUGGUACUGUGCUCUUGCUACCAAAGCCAGAGGCUAAGACAGUAUAGUCAGGUUUGGAGUUCUGCUGCCAGCAUUUGAGGGAGGAGAGAAGAGAGUUGGCUAUAAUGAGAGUCUGCAACUGCUGCAAAUUUGAAUGCAUACUGCUGGGUGACGCUAUUUUGUUUGUUGAAAAACAUUUUCUCUGUUAGAGCAUUAAUUACAGUAUGAAUGUUUUGAAUCAAAGAACUGAAGAUUUGCUAAUCUGCGGAUGCCACCUUUAACUAGUUCUUCCAAGGACUGCUGACAGAGGAUUUUCCUGGCAGAGAAGAACUGCAGUCUUCUCUUGUUUUUCAUACUGUGCCAUUUAAUUGCAUUUGUCUUAGCUAUAUAAGUAAGAACCUUCUCAGUUAACUGCAGAAGGAAUAAUUAGAGUCCGGCUUGAAGCAGUAGUACGCACAGAAGGCCCAGCUUGGCUUAGAAUUCUGUAAACCCAAAGUGCAGAUGAAAAUGGGGUAGGAAGAGACAUUUUAGUUGGAGAGCAACUGUAGCAAGAAUUGACUCACCCAAGUUCAUGCAGUAGACUAAUAGCAAUUGUCCUUUCCCCCAUCUUCAGAGCCCUGUGCUCUACAUUAUUAAUUAGUGCAUUCUGGAACAGCUUCUGCUAUACUGAGGAAAUUACCUCAAAUUUAUUGUUGUUGGGGAGAGGUCCUAAAGUGACUACCCAUAACCCUGUUCUGUAAAUACGGUCUUUUGCUGUAUUUUCCAAUAGAGGUACCCUAGUGGGGUGGGUGGGGAGAAGAACAUUUGUUGAAGCUGCCUUAGGUAAGCAGGACCACUGGCCUAUGUAACCAAAUGCUCUAACGGGCAGCGAUUCCCAGUCUCAGGAGAUGACUUCUCCAGCUCAGCUACUGAGAUCUUUUGGCUGGGAAUUCUAGGAAUUUAAUCGGGGACGUUCAGCAUGCACUCUGCUAUUUUAAGGUGCAGUGUGCUUCUCCACGCUAAAAUGGGCAUGGAAGUAUUAAUGUGGAGCCUUGUAGACACAAUUACGGCUACUGAAUUAGUGCAAUACACAAAUGAUCUUGAUCGUUCUAAUCCUGGGCUGCUAAGUGUCAUAGAAUCUGGCAUAUCCCUUUGCUCUGUGCCAUGAGAGGGCAAGAGAAAGAGGUAUGCUUGUGUGCAGCCUAGCAAUUCAUAUCAAGGGAAAUGCCCCAGUCUCAUCUAGCAGAGUCCUGCUGGUCAUUCUUUCUCAAGCAUGUUGACUCCUGAGGAGAGCCAGGAGAAGAAUGGGCAGCAGGGACUUCACUUGACCUGAACUGCACAGGGAUGCAACAAGUACAGUUGUGACUAAAGAACACUGCCCGUGGUGGUUUAGUGGGUAAACCAAGAAUAAUGCUAGUUAUUCAUCAGCACUCUUCUCUGUGAGUGCAGGAUAAUGGUGAUAAAGGUCCAAAUUAUUUUCAGAAGGGACACAAAAUCGGCAAUAUUUGGGAGGGCUGUAUCAUGCACAAUCUACCUAUAGUACCAGGGCUGUGUUUCAUUACCAGUGGAGGAACCUGUUAUAGCAUACACUUUCUGCCGUGCGCCCAUGGGAUUCGUGCUACUGCACAGGCUCUGCCCAUUCACUUGCCAAAAAGUGGAACAGCAGGAGUUCUAGAAAGGAUGGUCAAAUUAAAAAUGGCUGCAAAACAUUGCCACCGCCCCUGUGUUGUAUUUUUCCUUGGAUGAGUCUGAGACUACAGAUAAGAAAGCCCUGGCAGGUCCUGACGAGUAUACCUGUCCUAAUUUUAGGGCAGACCCUAUCACAGGACUGCAUCAACAGGUCUGAGAAAGCAAGUCAGGGAGGGCAUGUCCAGCAUUAGUUAAGAAGAAAACCCCAGCAUGCACUUAAAAUGGAAUGUUUAUUAUUUUUCCAUGGUUAUAAAUAUAGUUAUCACUGAAGGCAGAAGAGAAACUCAAUAUGAACUCAGCCGAUGCAAGCUAGUUUUCAGAAAAUGUUUAUUUUCAGAAAUAGAUUUCUUAAAUAUUAGAAUGAUUUUGGCCUGUCUCUCAUGCACUAUGGAUGGAAAUGGCUUCCCAUUGUGUACAGAUUGAAGGGACUUAAUCCUCUGCUAUGUACAGGUAUUUGCUUGGAGCUUGUAGAUGAUAAAGGAUAUGUACUCAAGCCAUUAAAGGCUCAACACAAC